AUGGCCGAAUGUGACGCCGAAGAAGCAGCCUCUGGCACCGGCAAAGAGCACGCCCAGAGCAGCGUCGGGCCUCCUGAAGCCAACGGCCCCUUGCCCGGCACAAAGGCAGAAGCUGGUGACGAGGAGAGGGCCCGAGAAAUCGCUGAGCAAGACCUAGGCACGUCUCGCAAGCAGGAAUACAGCGGCAUGCUACUCGUCUGGCUCAGUUUCCAAGCCACGGGCGUCAUCUACGGCGACAUAGGCACCUCGCCGCUGUACGUGUACUCGUCGACCUUUUCCAGCCAGCCCUCCACCGAGGACCUCGUCGGCGCGCUGUCCAUCAUCAUCUGGGCCCUGACGCUCAUCGUUACCGUCAAGUACUGCUUCGUCGUCCUGCACGCCGACGACGACGGACAGGGCGGCACGUUUGCGCUCUACAGCCUCCUCACGCGGUACACGCACAUUGCGCGCCGCGACCCCAAGGAGGAGCUCGGCGCGAGCCUCAAGCGGUACCGCACCAGCGACCUCAAGGCGGGCAGCAGGAGCAUCCGCAGCUUCCUCGAGCACUCCAGAGCGUCGCAGUUUGCGCUGCAGUUUGUCGGCGUGCUGGGUGUCUCCAUGGUUAUGGCGGACGGGGUGCUGACGCCGGCGCAGUCCGUCCUGGGGGCCAUCCAGGGCAUCACGGUGGCGAACCCGGGGCUGGGGACGCAGGCCAUCGUCGGCAUCUCGUGCGGCAUCCUCGUCUUCCUCUUCUUCCUGCAGCCGCUCGGCACGUCCAAGAUUGGCACGUCCUUUGCGCCCAUCGUGACGACCUGGCUGCUCUUCAACUUCUGCGUCGGCAUCUACAACAUUGCCGUCCACGACUUUACCGUGCUCAAGGCGUUCAGCCCGCACUACGCGUUUACGUAUCUCAUCCGCAACGGCCACGACGGGUGGAAGUCGCUCGGCGGCUUGCUGCUGGCCUUCACCGGCGUCGAGGCCAUGUUUGCGGACCUGGGCGCCUUCAGCAAGCGCGCGGUGCAGAUCUCGUGGCUGGGCCUGGCGUACCCGUGCCUCGUCAUCGCGUACAUCGGGCAGGCGGCGUACAUUGCCGCCGACGAGACGCAGACGGCCUACACGAACCCCUUCUUCAAGACUCUGCCGCCGGGGACGCUCAUCUUUGGGCUCGUCAUCGCGGUGCUGGCGGCCAUUGUGGCGUCGCAGGCCAUGAUCACGUCGACGUUUCAGCUGCUGACGCAGAUUAUGCGGCUGUCGUACUUUCCGCACAUCAAGGUCGUGCACACGAGCAGCAAGUUCCACGAGCAGGUGUACAUGCCGGUGGCCAACUGGCUGCUCAUGAUUGGCACCGUCAUCGUGACGGCCGUGUAUAACAAUACCACGUCGCUGGGGAACGCGUACGGCGUGUGUGUCAUCACCGUCACUUUUAUCACGACAUGCAUGGUUGCUCUCGUGGCGGUCCUCGUCUGGCGCCUGCCGCUCUACGUCGUCGUGCCCGUCUGGUUGGUGUUUGCGGCCCUCGACGGCGCGUUCCUGUCGUCCGUCUUUGAAAAGGUCCCCGACGGGGCGUGGUUCACGCUCGUGCUGGCCUUUAUCCUGGCGUCCGUCUUCACGCUGUGGCGCUUCGGCAAGGAGGCCCAGUGGCGGGCCGAGUCGCUCGACCAGCUCUCGCCGGCGGCCUUGUUCGACAGCAGGGCGGCUACGACUGCCGUUGGCGGCGCGGAGCCACGGCCGGGGGGGCAUCUAGUCUUGCGGUCGAGCCUGGGAGGGGUUCCGGUCUCGACGGUGCCGGGCCUGGGCAUCUUCUUCGACAAGGCGGGCAACCCGUCGCACGUGCCGGCGUGCUUCGCGCAGUUCGUGGCCAAGUUUGCGGCGCGCCCAAGUGUCAUUGUCUUCUUCCACAUGCGGCCCCUCCCGGUGCCGUCGGUGCCGCACGAGGAGCGCUACGUCGUGACGCGGACGGCGCAGCUGCCCAGCUGCUACGCGGUGACGCUCCGCCACGGGUACGCAGACGACGUGCUGCACCCGGGCCUGGCGCGCGAUCUGAUCCGGCAUAUUGUGCUCGCCGUGUCGCACACCGCGCGGGGAGGUGACGGCGGCAGCGGUGCCGAGGUCGAGGCUCUGCGCGCGGCGCAGGGCUCGCAGAUGGUGUACGUGCUCGGCAAGGAGGCCAUGCGAGUGCGUUGCGUGGACUCAGGGAGCGGUCGCGCGUGGGGGUUCGUCCGGGGGCUGCUGCUGGGCGCGUUUCUGUGGAUUCGGGAGAACUCCCGGACCAAGCUCGCGGACCUGGACAUUGACGCGGACAAGGUGAUUGAGGUGGGCUACGUCAAGGAGAUUUAG